UAACGGAAACAUAUAACUGCAUUAUUUGCAACGAGAAAGAGAAACAUGUCGUAACCAUUCCUUGUUUACAUUUUGUUUUGUGUGGAAUGUGUUUCGAGGUUUGGUCAAAUGCUGGAGAAAGUAGGUGUCCCGUGUGCAGAGCGAACAUAGAUGUGGCAUAUAUAUUCGAAGGCUGGAGCUGGAGUACCUGUAUUAAAACCAAAAACGAAGAGAUGGCUUAUGACCUACUCGAGUCGAAAACGCUUCCUGACAUGAAAUCACUAAAUGACUUAUGUCAAGAUGACGGAUUUGGAAGAAAGUCCACUGUUGCGAUAGACACAUGCAAGAAAAUUUGUCUUUUCAUUAAAAGUUUAAGUACUAACAUCGUCGACGUUUGGGCAGCAAGAAACGCAGUCACUUUGACACCAGGAGACACUUUUGAAAUUAGAUUUGUUGUUAUCACAGAGAACCUAAAUGAAGAGAGCAGGAAGGAAUUGGAAAACUUCAUACAAUCCCAUUACGACACGCUUCCAUUACGGGACUGCGAUCACCUUAGCUUAGAAGAAACACAAUUGACGAUGAAAGGGGGUUACAAACUUAGAGAAGACGACCAAAAUAGCAUAAAAGCUUGUAUAAGUCUACACGCUGAACGUUUACUACAGAAACAUACAUAUCUAAGUGUUAUAUCUGGCUGCCCCUUUAGAUCAGUUGGAUUUGACACAAAUAAUCCCGAAACCGUCCCAACGCCAUGCAUUGUUCUAAAUGUUCAAUACAAGGGCUACAUUCCUAUUGACGAAGAGCCGUUUGAACGCAAGUACGACGGAGUACAGGUCGAUGUCAGAGAAGACAUCUUUGUUCUGUUUAAUUACACAGCAAAAGAAAGACACGACAAUGUGAAGGCCGGCUGUCUAAUUAGUGGCGAAACUGACGAACGCGAAAAGUGCCCGAAAGGAACUCUCGGUGGUUUCGUUAACCAUCCCGACUAUGGUCUAUGUGGAAUAUCCUGUUCCCACGCUCUAUUAUGGCCGAACGAACUAGUACAGCUAGCAGACGACAGUCAAGAAAUAAAUUGGAGUAGAUCUACUUUUCCAGCUAGGCGAAAUGGUGAUACGUGGCAGGGUAAUGUUUAUCAACCAUCUAAGGUAGAAACCAACGAAGGUGAUGCCGCUGACGAUAACAAGAUUGGACGUUUGGUAAAAGUAAUUUAUCGACGUGGUUCCAACGAAAUGGAUCAAUGUGGUAUAGAUGCCGCACUUUUUCAGUUAAGCAACAGAUUACCGAAUUCGAGUGAUUUUCCAGCUGUGAGAGUUGCUGGUGAAGACAUCCCACCUGAAGGUACCAAUAUAGAUUCGCCAGAUUUAUCCACUGCGGAUAAAAGUAUACUAAGCAAAACUUCGAAACAGACACUUUAA